UCUCUCCAUCUCUGUCAUCAUUGUGAGGAAGCCUGGGAGUGGCAGGAAGGAGGUGAGGCAGCGGAGAAAUACAAAGAAGAUUGAGGCGGGGGAAGUCGGUGAAGACGUUGAAUCAGGAUUUUCUUCUCUGCAGCAUCCUUUCAUUUACGGCAGCAGGUACACUUCACCUCUCGUCAUUUCAACAUGGCUGUUGUCAUGUCCUCAUAUAUGCCAUAGAUCGUCAAUGGAAGUAGCACAGGAUUAAAAAUCUUUGAACCAGAUAUUAAGCAGCUGCUAUGACUAAAUAUCUCUCAUGUAGUUUAGUAAUUAAACUGAAGAAGGGUAUUUUUUAGAUACGACUUUUCUAUAAAAAUACAUAUAACCAAGUAGAAUAUAGUAGCUGGUGUCAACUAAACACAUUCUUUCGUGGUGCAUGCAUAUUUUUUAACAAUUUAAUGCUUAAAUACAUGUUUGAGAUAUAUAUGAGAAAAAUAUUAUGUCUCAGAUGGAAGAACAUAUCAGUGGUCCAUUCUCAAAACAGUGUUUAAGAAUUGUGUUUUUCAUGUUUGCACUUUAUAAAGAAUAGAAAUGAGGGAAAGGAGAGAAAGUGCAGGGAUCUGUUUGUGCAUUUGCAGGAGAGUGAACAGCAGAGCGGCUACUGGGAAAUGGAGUUAAAUAAAUUAAAUUGGCCUAAGAGCAGCUGGGGUAACACUACCAUAAUGACGUGUGUGUGUGUAUGUGAGAGUGUGAGUCCUGCAGGGAGAGAAAUGUUCACUUAGGCUGACGAUGAUGGCAGCCAGUUCUUGGCAGGCUGACCACCAAUCAGCUAAUAGAGUCAUUAGAAGUCUGAGCGAGUUUUUUUAAUUCCUCAAAAUGUCCUCACAAGGGUGGAGGGUGAAGUAAAGUCUAUGUAAACACAAUCAACACUCAGUCUGACAGGAAGACCUGAUCUGUGCUCUAAUUCAUGCAUACUGUGUUGUGUAUAUUUAGCAUGGCUGAGGGCUCAGUGUCUAUAGCAGAGGUGGAGACCUCCUUCCAGAAGUUUGCAGUCCAUGGGGACACAAAAGCCACUGGGAAGGAAAUGAAUGGCAAGAACUUCGCUAAGCUCUGCAAGGACUGUAACAUCAUCGACGGCAAGAAUGUAACCACCACAGACGUGGACAUAGUUUUCACCAAAGUCAAGUAAGAUGUCAUUUAGGUCCAUUGGGAGCGUCUGUAACUGUGCGACCCUUUUAAUGUCACAAGCUGAAACCUCACUGUCAGGUGAUUUAAAAAACUGGGUUUUAAUUAGGCUCAUACAUGUAAAAUACAGGUUUGCAGAGAUCAGUGUCAUGAGGAAGAUACUGCAAAACCAACCAUCAUGUUAUCUUGAGUUUUUUGUUUUCUUUUCUUUUAAUAAACAAUCGGAUCAAGUGCAUAGUGGUCAGGUACAAACUUGUGAAAAGCGCAUAAUCAAAGCUCCUGCAAAUAUCGAUAAAUUGGUAAGAAUUUUGGCACCACCAUGUGGACAAAUUGAAAGCUGACAUUGGGCUCUAUUUAUGUGCCUUCCCGGCAGCAUGGCGCAGGCGCGGCAUAAGUCACUUUGAGUCACUUAAGCACACUUAAGUAUUUUGGUGAGCGGCACAGGCCGGUGCAAGUACCCCCCCCUCCCUAACUCAGCUCCUCCCAGUGGCGUAAGGAGGAAAGAGGGACGGGAUAUGGUGUAGAGUGGGUUUAACACAGCCAAGUCCUGUUUUCACCAAUCACACCAGCUUCUCUCCUCACUUUAAAAUUCGCCAUCCGCGAGGCGUAUUACAAUUUCAAUGAAGUAGUCGAAGAGAUGGCUGUAGACAGCAAUGCCACAAGGUGGCAACAGGAUACAGCCCUUCAACAAGUGUCGCGGUAAGCGCUGUGGGGGGCAUCCUCCACACUCUCUCAAAUAAGCGCAGAGGGAUUUGGUGUGUGUAAAGUUGUACCCACCGGUAAGACAAACACCCUUUUCCACAAAUAAAGACAAUCACAUCAAGGUGCAUAUAUUUGAAUUACAUAUCUUGUUAUCGUCAUCAUGUGUGACUAUUUAUUGGAUAUUCAAUGCAGUUCCAGCUGUGUUAGUUCGGUCAGGUCAAGUGUCCAAAGGUGUGCCAAACACGCUCAUCAGAUAAGAUAUACAUCAAUAUGUCGAUAUAAAUUUAAAUAUAUGUGCUGACUCAAAUAGUUGCACUGAAUAUUUGUUGUUGUUUAUUAUUUAUUGCACUGAAAUGUGUCUGACACUGUGGAAACCUGCCUGUAAGGCAUUGGUGACAUGUGCGCACUCCAGCGCCAGUCUGCAAAAAAUAACACGCCGAAAGCUGAGCAGGUUUGAAUUGGCCAGCUUUCAGCACACUUUCUACCCCGCUGGCGAGCACAAAAAUGUCACUCUGUCUCAGUCUACCAAAAUACCAAACUGGCUGUGCGCCGGGCUGUGCCAGACGAAAGUACCACUGCGCGGGGUUCUCCACCCUGCGCUGUGCUGCUGGCGGGCACGAAAAUAGAGCCCCUUGUGUCAUGUUUUUGAAGCCUACAUGUCUUACACUGCUUUUGUUUAAUAUCAGUUUCCAUCAUGAGUAAUAUAAAUACUUCUAACAGCCUCUCUUCAAAAGAUAUUUACUAUACCAUCUAAUUUUUGUAACCCAAAAUUGUGAAGUUGUUUCACUCUCCAUACUCUGUGUUUCCUCAGAGCAAAGUCAGCUCGUGUGGUCACAUUUGAACAGUUCAACCAGGCUCUGACAGAGUUGGCUCCCAAACGAUUUAAAGGCAAAAGUAAAGAAGAGGCGCUACAGCAGCUCUAUGGUCUUAUUGUUGGCAGGGAGCCUGCCAAUGUUGGAGUCACUGUGAGUAUAAGUGAAUUGAGUACAGUAGGUAUCAUAGCAAAGUCACAUUUGACAGUGACUGACUGAAAUGUUUGCACCUAUAAAUGGACAGAACAAGGAAGAAUAAAGAGUUCAGUGGCAAUGUAUUGACAUUUUUUAAAGCUGUUGUUUUAUCCUGAUUUCUGUUACCACUAUUUGCAAAUGUUACUUUUUAAGAAAAUACAUUUAAAUGAUCACAGGAUUCAUUAUUAUCUGGCAUUUUCUCAUUCCUGUUUGUAGAGAGUGGCAAAGGCCGCAGCGGUGGACAGACUGACUGAUACGAGCAAAUACACGGGAGCUCACAAGGAGCGCUUUGAUGAUUCUGGCAAAGGGAAAGGAAAGGCCGGGCGUGAGGACAUCCCAGACACCAGUGGCUACGUGGGAGCUUACAAAGGCAGCGGCACUUAUGAUGAAAAAGUAAAAGAAAAGUGAAAGAGGCCUUAUUCUAAGGACAGAUUUUCAGUUUUUUUCUUCAAUGAAGGUAUAAAAAGACGACUUCAAUUCGUUGGCAGCAGAUAUAAAGAAGCAAGUUCCUCAAGAAAAUCCAAAGAUUAUAAAAAUAGCUAUCUCAAGUGUGUAAAGAAGUAUUCAGUGGCUUUAGAUGGACAUAGAUAAACUAGCUCUCAGCCUAGCAUGCAUCUAAGGAACUAUCUCAGCCUUUACUACAGCUUAACACUGUGCCUUAAUACUCACUUAGAAGCUAGCAUCGAUGCUUUGUGUAGAGCACUGUGUACUCUCAUGAGCUACUUUUUUUCUGCUGGUAUUAUGAAUGAAACGGUUAGCUUACACUUUUUUAUUUUAGUGCCUUUUGCUACCAACCAAUCUAUGCUCACUAUUACAAAUGAAAUGUAUUCACAUAAAUUAAGAGAAAGUAGGACUUGUAGAACAAUGUAACAAGCACUGAAAGAAAAAGCAGAGUUAUGGCCGUAGAGCAAAUAAUUACCAUGAAUGAUUUCACAUUGAAGAAAUUCACUUUGGUUUUGCAUAAGGAUGAAAUAUGUAGCAAUAAAAAUAGUAUGAAAUGUCUGCUUCUUGAAUGCAAAAGCUCGUCAAUAUGUGUAGAUACAGUAUGUACUGAACAGUGAUAAUUUAACGUAUAUAAUAUUAAAAAAAACAUGACUUUUUUUUUUUUUUUGGGUCAGCUUUUUAAAUUUAUUCUUAUAAACUCAUAUUGUGCUAUUAUCUCACUGCUUUAUGUUGCAUUCUGUCAUGUUGUAUUGAAUUUAAUGUGGGGUGAAUUCAAUAAAGAAUAUAAAAGAAAUUAAUUUAGUUGAAAAAGGUCUUAUUACAAAAUGCACUAACACGACAACCAUAUUCUUCUCUGUCCAACACUUUUGUUAUCUAGUUUGUGUGAUUCAACCUUAUGCCACAAAACCCCCAAAUCAGUGACAUCACCUCUGAAACUGGCAUUUAAAGGGUAAGCGUUCAUAAUUAUAAAAUGAUAACGAUAAUAGUUUUUUGAUUAGGACAGAGCUUGAUAAGAUUUGUGCAAAAAUAAAUAAAUAAAUAAAUAAAUAAAUAAAAUGUU